UAUUUAAAGGAAAGCGCCAAAACUUGCUGACGUUUACCACCCACAGGUCCCGGGACCGAGGCUUGAACAGCGACCAUGAGUUACAUCAAUCUGCCCACCGUGCUGCCCGGCUCCCCCAGCAAGACCCGGGGGCAGAUCCAGGUGAUCCUCGGGCCCAUGUUCUCAGGAAAAAGCACCGAGCUAAUGAGAAGAGUCCGGCGCUUCCAGAUCGCCCAGAACAAAUGCCUGGUCAUCAAGUAUGCCAAAGACACGCGUUAUAGCAGCAGCUUCUCCACACACGACCGGAACACCAUGGAUGCACUGCCGGCCUGCCAGCUGCGGGAUGUAAUCCAGGAGGCCCUGAGUGUGGCUGUCAUUGGCAUCGAUGAAGGGCAGUUUUUCCCUGACAUCGUGGAAUUCUGUGAAAUGAUGGCCAAUGCAGGCAAGACAGUGAUUGUGGCAGCAUUAGACGGAACCUUCCAGAGAAAGGCUUUUGGCAGCAUCUUGAACCUGGUGCCGCUGGCUGAGAGCGUGGUGAAGCUGACUGCAGUGUGCAUGGAGUGCUUCCGAGAAGCGGCCUACACCAAGAGGCUGGGCCAGGAGAAGGAGGUGGAGGUGAUAGGUGGAGCCGACAAGUACCACUCCGUGUGCCGCCUUUGCUACUUUAAGAAGUCCUCGGUCCAGCCUGCUGGGCCAGACAACAAAGAGAACUGCCCGGUGCUGGGCCAGCCUGGAGAGGCCUCAGCUGUCAGGAAGCUCUUUGCCCCUCAGCAAGUCCUACAGCACAACUCUACCAACUGAGAGGACCCGGGGCCUGCCAGCUCCUAUCCAGGCUGGACUCUCAGAGAACGGAGGAGGGGCUGGAACUGCCGUGCCUAAUGGACACUGUGCCCUGGACAGGCUCAUCUGCUUGUCACAGCCUUUUUUAGUUCCCUUGGUUGCAGAGAUGCUUCAGCCCAGACUGGAGCCAGCACUUGGCUGGUGGCUAAGGUUUGACAUCCAGCCAGAGGUGAGGACAGAGCCACAUGGUGUUGUGACAUUGUUGGUGCUGACUUCUUCCUCUU